AUGGCCUGGCAGAGACCGGUUUUUGCAGCUCGAGCUUUCCGGUUUCCUCGGUGCUUGAUGCAACCGGAAGCAGCUCGACAUCAACCAUUUUCGACCGUUGCUCCCGCUCCCUCAGAUGGCACAUCUGAUGCUGCUCCUCCAAUGAAUUUAGACGAAAUCACCAGACUACCGACCCGCAUGCUACCCGCGUCACCGUCCUACUUUACCGGCUCCCCCAAAUUCACAGACUACGAAUUGAAACUUCAACAUCUACGGGCCAAAUACGUGGACUUGCCCUCCUACGGCCCCAGAGAAGCGCCACGUAUAGCGUGGCUGGUCAGGACUCAGUUCUUGUCGAAAAUCAAUGAAGACAUUUCUGUUUCGCGGUAUGCGAGAUUGCUGAAAAGCUUAAAAGUAUUGAACAAGAUCAAGGAGGAUGUGAUGCCACAAGAAGUUUCGGACUUUAUCGCUGAAUUUUCGAGGCCAAGAAACCUCUACCAGUGGGAACUUGCUCCCAAAAAACCUGAUGAGAAUGGCCGAGCCAGGGGUAUGGGGAGACGAAAGACUGCCCAUGCGACUGCUUAUCUCGUCGAAGGGGACGGUCAAAUUAUGGUCAAUGGGAAGGCGAUUUCGGAAGUAUUCCCCAGAAUUCACGACAGGGAGAGUGCCAUGUGGGCCUUGAAAGCUACAAACCGACUGCAUAAAUACAACGUCUUCGCGGUUGCGCGUGGGGGUGGUGUUACUGGCCAGGCCGAAGCGGUCACUCUUGCUGUUGCAAAGGCACUCCUUGUUCAUGAACCCGGUCUCAAGUCUGCUUUGAGAAGAGCUGGAGUUAUCAGAACCGAUCCCCGUCAAGUCGAGAGAAAGAAACCAGGAAAACUCAAGGCAAGAAAGAUGCCUGCCUGGGUCAAACGGUGA